AGAAAGAGAGCUUAUCUCCGAAAGAACGUACCGAGUAUGAUCACGGUUGGAAACUGAAUUCUUUCAAUCAAAUGGCCAGUGACAGGAUUUCCGUACAUCGGACAUUGGCGGACUACCGAGAGGACGGGUGUGCGAAAAUACAGUAUCCGGAACUACCCGACACUUCCGUUAUCAUUUGUUUCCAUAACGAGGCCAUGUCAGUAUUACUGCGCACAGUGCACAGUGUCCUGAACAGGUCGCCUGACAAACUGCUCACAGAGAUAAUCCUAGUGGACGACUUCUCAGACCAAGACCACCUGAAGGCUCCCCUUGAGGCUUAUAUUGCUCGGCUUCCCAAGGUUAGGCUGGUGAGGACGGAGAAGAGAGAGGGGCUGGUCCGGGCGCGGCUCUUGGGGUACUCCUUGGCCAAGGGCACCGUGUUGACUUUCCUGGACUCUCAUUGCGAAUGUUCCGAAGGUUGGCUGGAGCCACUGUUAGGCCCUAUCGCUGAAGAUCCCCAGACCGUCGUGGCUCCCAUCAUAGAUUCUAUCCUAGAUAAAAGCAUGGCUUACUUGAAAAGUGGCCGCUCUGCCGCUCACAUCCCGAUCGGUGUGUUCGACUGGAAUCUUGUGUUCCACUGGGGUUAUCUUCCUGAGAAAGACAAGAAACUCCGUAAAGACCCUCUAGAACCCGUCAAGACUCCGACAAUAGCUGGCGGUCUUUUCUCUAUCGACCGUGAGUAUUUCACGAAGAUUGGGACGUACGACGCUGGAAUGGACAUCUGGGGUGGAGAAAACAUAGAGAUGUCGUUCAGAGUAUGGCUAUGUGGAGGACGGUUGCUCAUCGCUCCUUGUUCGCGUGUCGGUCAUAUUUUCCGGAAGACUUCACCGUAUAACUCAAUUCCGGGAAAAAACGUGUUUCAAAAAAAUUCAAUGCGAGCAGCAGAGGUUUGGCUUGAUGAGUAUAAACAGUAUUACUACGAGAGAUUCAACUAUAGACUGGUGGACUUCGGGGAUGUAUCAGAAAGGUUGGCGUUGAAGAAACGUCUCAAAUGUCACCCGUUUGAGUGGUAUCUGAACAAUAUUAUUCCGGAGUUGUAUGUGCCACGAGACACGACGGCCGGAGGAGAGAUCAUCAACAUGAAAGAUGGAAUAUGCUUGGAGAUCACGAGCAGGACUGUUCACGGUCCAGUGAAUACGUACACUUGUCACGGACAAGGUGGAAACCAGUUCUGGUUGCUGACAACCGGCCAUCAAAUUCGCCGAGAUGACCACUGCAUGAGAGGAAACGGUAACGCAGUGGACGUCGAGCCGUGCGCUAAGAACAACACCGCGCAGCACUGGCUGUAUCGAGAGGACGAUACGCUAUUCCACAUCCAAUCAGAAUCGUGCAUGGACCUACAGGACCGGAAGCCCGUACUGGCGAAAUGUUCGGGGAACCGUAGUCAGAAAUGGAUGUGGAAAAGGCGGACACAGGCAGCUAAUAGCGUCAAGGAGUCGUCCUUUCAACAAGCCAUUUAGACAAAGUGUUCUUUUGGUGUCGGGUGAAGUCCAAGCGAAAUGCCCCAAAGACACCCCAGACAGAUGGCGUUAAUUCUUAGCCAAUCUAAACCCGAGCCAGAACUAGAUCUUAUAGGUGUGUUUCUGUCUGACGUCGGUUGUUGAGCAAGGGCAAUUUGUUCCAAGGAUGUUGGUGAAUGUCGGAGUCGUCAAAGAUGUGUGUAAGACUUGCCUGGGCUAGUAAAAACGGUUCAAACGACGAAGUCACGGGCUUUAACGUCCAAGUGCUUCUUGAUUUCACCCUCCAUAGCGUUGACCAGAAUUUGAUGAUAACCACGCUUUCUUUGUACUGAUGGUACUGAUUGCUUUUCGGGCUAAUGCUCAACACUGAUGACAAAAACUUUCAAAGAUUUACUUGGCAGGAUCCGAUAAAGUGACUUGGUGUGUUAUAAUGAUGCUUCCGUGAGGAAAGACGGCUUUAACGUUUUCAUGGAUUAUUUCUGUACAGGAAAAGAGUACAAAAAGGAAAACGUGACCUUAU